AAAACGUAAGCUAAGUACCAGUGGUGACAAAUCUGGUGAAACUGAUUUGAAAUGUACCGUUGGUAAAAUACAAUGGGAGCACGUGCAAUGCGGUCUUAAAUGCCAAAUGAGCAGGAAAUGAAAAUUAAUAAAAUUAUAGAUUUAUAGUUUACAAGAUGAAAAUUGUGGCGUGAACGUCCUCCUCAAAAGUCAUUUUAAAAUAACCGUUGAAAUUCAAGUGUAAAAAGCGAAACGUGCAGUUGUAGAAUUUCCGAGGUCAAGCGAAGCGGCGCUUCAAUCCGAUUGGCCCGUCGGCGCGACCGGAGGCGUCGCCCGUUUUCAAGACGGACCAAUCGGCGGCCGCAACGUUUUAUGAAAGGCAAGCGAGUGAAACGGCCCGCCCUGCCCGUGGCUCAUUGAAGAAGGAGAGGGACGGUGUGUCGCACCUUCCUCAGCGCAAAAUUCAGUCAUGUCGUCCAAACUUACCAAGCUUUUCGUCGGCGGCCUGAACGUGGAGACGACGGAGGAUGGCCUCCGCGGACAUUUCGAGCAGUUCGGCGCGCUCAGCGACUGCGUGGUGGUCAUGAACCAGAUGCUGGGCCGCUCCCGCUGCUUCGGCUUCAUAACCUACACGACGCCGGAGGAGGCCGACGCAGCAAUGGCGUCCAAGCCACAUGUCGUUGACGGCCGCAACGUGGAGCUCAAGUGGGCCGUGGCCCGGGAGGACGCCAGCAACCCGGAGGUGUCGUCCAACGUCAAGAAGAUCUUCGUCGGCGGCGUCAAAGACCACCUGGAGCCCGAAAACCUCAGCGACUACUUCUCCCAGUACGGCCCCGUGGAGAAGGCCGAAAUCAUCACCGACAAGAUGACCGGCAGGAAGCGCGGCUUCGGCUUUGUCUUCUUCGAGGACGGCGAGUCGGCCUCCAAGGCGGCGCUCACCAAGUUCCACACCAUCAGCGGCUCCAAGGUGGAGGUGAAGAAGGCCAUGAGCAAGCAGGAGAUGUCCGGCGGCGGCGGUGGCGGCGGCGGCGGUGGUAGAGGCGGCCGAGGUCGCGGGAGAGGCAUGUCUACUUACGGCGGAGGAAGAGGCGGAAGCACCGGCGGCGGUUACAGCUCAGGCGGCUACGGCGGCGGAGGCUACGGGGCGAGCAGCUACGGCUCUGGCGGCUACGGCGGCUACGGAGCCAGCAGCUACGCCAGCGGAGGCUACGGGGGCGGCUACGAGGAGUACGACAGCGGCAUGGGUGGCGGCUACAGCAACGGGGACUUCGGGGAGGGCUACGGACAGCAGCACUCCAGCUACGGCGCCAUGAAGGGGGGCGGCUACUCUUCCUACCGGAGCGCGGCUCCGUACAGCAGAGGCGGCUACGGUCGGGGGGGAAGCUACGGAGGCGGCUAUUAGUUCCCUCCAAUUUUUUUUGGAUACGGCCUCGGGAGGGGGAGGGCAGCUGUCCGGGAUUCCUGAGAACAUGAAAACACGCAACCAAGGAGAGGCGGGGGGUGGGGGGGGGGUCACCGUUGCUCCAACUGAGGAAGGGAGAAGCGUCCACUACCAUCACACCCCCCACCAGUCUCCUUUUUCGAAUGGAUGAGUCCCCCAUCCCCCUUUACUCCCUCCAUCUGUCCUUUUAUUUCUCCUUACGGAAUCUACUACUACUACUUCAGAAUUGUGAAUUGUUGAUGGAAAAACAAAAAAUGCCAUUCGCUCUCUACUUAAGGACACUGUUGUCAACUGCUUUUCUCGCGUCGAUUUGUUUGUUUUGAUCCUGAGUUAUUUUUUUUUUUUUUUGUUAUUGUUUUUUCUCAGGGUUCGAAGUCAAUUUGUUGGCGCGACACCUUUUUGGGUGGCUUCCACAGCAGACUGUCCCCCCUCCCUUCCCUUCCCCCCCUUUUUUGAUUUAUUUGUUUAGAUUAAAACUGGUUUGAAAUCAUG